AUCGAAGUAUGGCACGACCAAUCGGGUCAUUUUUAAAUUAUGUCAAUAAGGAACUAACAUAGAAGCUAUAAUAUAUUAUACCAAGUAAUUUAAAAAAUAACACUAGUUAUGAUUUUCUAUUGGUUACUUAGUAUCGAUAUAUCAGAUAAAAAUAAACCUCCUGAAAAAAUCGAUAUGAUGAAAAAGGACAUAUCGAUAUUAUAUCUCAAACCUAAAUUAUUUACUCUUUGAUUAAUAACCAGUUUGCUGUUUUGCAUGACGUUGUUGUUGUUUUUAAGUGGUAAAAAUGAAUGGAAAAUAAUUUCUUUCCGUUCAUAAAAUGUGGUCGCAAUUGUCAGUAUACGAUUGAAAUUACCGAAUUGAUUUUUCAUUCAAUUUAAAAAUGAUUUUAUGAAAUGUGAUGAAGCCGACGCGUCACUUUUUCAAUAAUAAAUAAAACAUGUUAAUUUGUGGCUCUUACGCGCACAAUAAUUUAUGUUUUAUUUUGAUGUCUGAAUUAUUUUUUUGUAAAAUGUGGUAUGCUGCAUUAGUUCGGUUUAUACGAAGGCGCCUUGUCCUUGGAAUUAUAUUUGCAUCUUCUUUGACCUACUGUAUUGUCAGUUUUCUUAGAGAGGGUAAUAGUCGCAAUAUGAUGUACCAAGAAAUAAUGAUAGAAAGAAAACCAUUUGUAUGGCGCACUCUUCAAGAACAUAAAGGUGGAAAUGACACGAUCACUUGUAGAAACUCAGUACAAGGCAAAUUAUUCUUGGUUGAUGAUAGAGGGUACAUAUGUCAUAGAACAGAUGUUAUGAAGAAUGGUUGUUGUGACCCACUCUCUGAUUUAUCACAUAGGUACAAUUGUGAAUCUUGUCAAGAUAACCACUGCUGCAUUGUAUAUGAACACUGUGUUUCAUGUUGCUUAGAACCAAGUAAGAGAGAUCUCUUAGAGUUGGUGCUUUCAAAAUUGUCUGCAGAAGAAAAUGUACUAUUUCGCACUCUUACUGAUGAUUAUGAGUUGUGUCUAACAAAAUGUCGCACAAGUUCUCAUAGUGUGUUACAUGAGAAUUCCUACAAAGAUCCCACUCACAAGCACUGCUUUGGCCAUGAACCGCCGAGGUCUAGAACACCAGACUAGUAAUACCAUUCUAUAACUAGAAAUAGAAAUUAUACUUGUGUAUUUUUUUAUCACAAUGUUAUGAUAUAAUUCAUACACACAUUUGAAUAGGGUUAAAUAGCACCAUGCUAUUUGAACCAGAGUUAAGAUAAAAGUUGCAAAGUUUUCUUAACUAUAUUGUGACUGUAUCUUAAUGCCAAAGAAUUGGUGUCUUAACAUCACCAGGAAUAUUUUAAUAACAAAUUUGUUUUGUACUAUUCCUCAUAAGAAUAUAAUUUGUCUGUACUUUAUGUGUAGAUUUUUUUACAAAAGAUUUAUUUUAACCUUU